CGGACGCCCGAGUCAGCAAAAAGGAGAAGAAGAAGAUGAAGAAGCAGGCGGAGUUUGAGCGGCAGGUGGCGUCGCUGCGCGCGGCCGCCGCCUCGGGGGACGGCGACUUCGCCGUGUCGCAGGCCGAGCUGUCCUCGCGGCAGGCCAUGCUGGAGAACGCCUCCGACAUCAAGCUCUACGGCCUCGUGGGGCCCAACGGGAAGGGGAAGACGACGCUGCUGAAGCACAUCGCCAACCGCGCCCUCAACAUCCCGCCCAACAUCGACGUGCUGCUCUGCGAGCAAGAGGUACACGCAGACGACACGCCGGCCGUCCACGCGGUGCUCCGGGCAGACACGCAGCGCCUGCGGCUGCUGGAGGAGGAGCGGCACCUGCAGCGGCUGCUGGACAGCGGCGACGACAGCGCCGCCCAGAGGCUGGAGAAGGUGUACGAGGAGCUGCGCGCCAUCGGCGCCGCCGCCGCCGAGGCCAAAGCGCGGCGGAUCCUGGCCGGGCUCGGCUUCACCCCCGAGAUGCAGAACCGGCCCACCAGGAAGUUCUCGGGGGGCUGGAGGAUGCGCGUGUCCCUGGCCAGGGCGCUGUUCCUGGAGCCGACGCUGCUGCUGCUGGACGAGCCCACGAACCACCUGGACCUGAACGCCGUCAUCUGGCUCAACAACUACCUGCAGGGCUGGAAGAAGACGCUGCUGGUGGUGUCCCACGACCAGGGGUUCCUGGACGACGUCUGCACCGACAUCAUCCACCUGGACUCGCAGCGCCUGCACUACUACAGAGGGAACUACAUGACCUUCAAGAAGAUGUACCAGCAGAAGCAGAAGGAGCUGAUGAAGCAGUUCGAGAAGCAGGAGAAGAAACUGCGGGACCUCAAAGCCGGCGGCAAAUCCACCAAGCAGGCGGAGAAGCAGACGAAGGAGGCGCUGACCCGCAAGCAGCAGAAGUGCCGGCGCCGCGCUCCGGCCGAGGCGGCGGCCGAGGCUCCGGAGCUGCUGCGCCGGCCCCGGGAAUAUUCCGUGCGCUUCACCUUCCCCGACCCGCCGCCGCUCAGCCCGCCCGUGCUCGGCCUGCACGGCGUGGAUUUCGGCUACGAGGGCCAGGAGCUGCUGUUCCGCAACCUGGACUUCGGCAUCGACAUGGAAUCCCGAGUUUGCAUCGUGGGCCCCAACGGGGUCGGGAAGAGCACCCUGCUGCAGCUGCUCACCGGGGCGCUGACGCCGCUCCGGGGGCAGAUGAGGAGAAACCAUCGGCUGAAGGUGGGGUUCUUUAACCAGCAGGCGGCCGAGCAGCUGCGCCUGGAGGAGACGGCGGCCGAGUUCCUGCAGCGCAGCUUCAACCUGGCGCACCAGGAGGCGCGGCGCUGCCUCGGCCGCUUCGGCCUCGAGGGCCACGCCCACACGCUGCAGAUGGCCAAGCUCUCGGGCGGCCAGAAGGCGCGCGUGGUGUUUGCCGAGCUGGCGUGCCGCCAGCCCGACGUGCUCAUCCUGGACGAGCCCACCAACAACCUGGACAUCGAGUCCAUCGACGCCUUGGCCGACGCCAUCAACGACUACAAAGGAGCGGUGAUCGUGGUGAGCCACGACGCGCGGCUGAUCACCGAGACCGGCUGCCAGCUGUGGGUGGUGGAGGAGCAGGGCCUGAGCCAGAUCGACGGCGACUUCCACGACUACAAACGCGAGGUGCUGGAGGCCCUGGGCGAGGUGGUGGCGGCGCGGCCGCGCGACUGACCCGCCCAGGGACCCGAGUGACCACCAGAGUGACCCGAGUGACCACCGGAGUGACCACAGAGACCCACGGAGUGACCAGAGUGACCACAGAGACCCACGGAGUGACCACGGUGACCAUCAGUGACCACAGCGACCAUCAGAGUGGCUGCGGUCACUGCGGUGACCAUGGUGGACACAGCGACCACCAGAGUGACCUCAGUGACCACUGCGGUGGCCACACUGGCUGCAGUGACCAUCGCAGUGGCUGCACUGACCACAGUGACCAUCAGAGUGACCACGGUGACCACUGCGGUGGCCACACUGGCUGCAGUGACCAUCGCAGUGACCGUCGCAGUGACCAUCGCAGUGGUUGUGGUCACCACGGUGACCAGAGUGACCAUCGCAGUGGUUGUGGUCACCACGGUGACCAGAGUGACCAUUGGAGUGGCUGCGGUCACUCUGGUGACCACGGGACAAGGGAAGGAAUAAACGGUGGUGGAGCAA